AUGUGGCUUAGAGGUAUCGCAAUGAGGGAAAGUGUUUACAAUUCGACCUGCCGGCAGGUGACCGCCCGAAAGUGUAGAUGUUUAUUCUGCACCAAGGGGAAAGUCUGCGACGAAAUCACUGAUACCAGUUGGACAAGCCACCACGUGUUGAUUCCGAGUCUCACGACGAUGCCAGCUGCAGACUAUAGUGUAACCUGUCAUAGUAAGGAAGAAGAAUUAGAUUACAAGUACAAAGGGGAAAAGCUUAAGUACGAAGAAGGCACCAGUUCGGUACCUUGGAACAAGAAAAGAAAAAGGACGACAAGAGGCGAGUAUAUCCUAAAGCUUUUCGGCGGCCGAAGCCGCCCUGGUAAGCUCUCAACCGUGCCCCGAAGGGAAAAGGGCAGGGGCAUCGGACAUAAGUGCGAAAACGCACCUAUGCCUGAUACCCCACAGGCGAACACGAAGAACGCCCUUAUGCCCACACUGCCGGAUCGCAUGACUUACCAUUGUCCGUAG